AUGGACAGCGGAGGCGCUCCAACGGCUGCGGGUAUUGACCCCAAAAUACUUGAUAACUGGCAAACGGAUGGUGCUUUUUCUGUCUCUUCCUGGGAACAUAUAAACUACGAUCAACCGCCUGAGUGGGACACCAGUCAAGAAUCUAGCCAGUGCGCUGAUAUCGCCGACUUGGGCGCUUUUCAUGAUCCGUUAACACGCCCACAUCUCGAUCACUCGGCUGAUCGACACAGCUUACUCGACAGAAAGCACGAUGUGACCUCGGAGAAUUUUCACUACGACGGGGUCGCAGAAGGGACUGGUAGCGGUACCAUCAGCCCUCGUACAGUGCCUUCCACCGAUGACAACUUUCCCGCCGAUGAAACUUGGCCACAGUUCCAACUAUUCAAUUCUGGCGCGGGGGGUUUGCCACUGGAGUCACCCCUCCAUUUCCCAUACGGCAAAAACUCCACCCACUCGAAUGGCGCAGUCAUUGUGGAGGAUGUCGGUGAAAUCCCGCAAGGCCCGGGCUUCUCGGAUGCAUCGGCGGAAGCCUUGAUGUUUCAGCAAGUUCCACCAUCCUUCCCGAUGAUGACAGAGCAAUGGCCAGAUAUCUCACGAGGCAUAUCUAUGGCGGAUAUCCUGGGCCAGGGAACGAUCCCUUUGGCGCUUGAAUCUACGAAUGACACCAAGGAUCAAUCCAUGCACGGCUUCCAGCCACCCAUUCGAUCGCUAGAGUCGCGAUGGCUCAAUAAUUUAGAGUCGCAGCUGCCUGCAUCAUCCUUUCUUUCCAGAAAUGGCCAGGAUGGACUUCAGUACAAGUCGGAAAGCUCUUCUGUUUCAGGAGAUGUGCCUGGCGUUUACGAGUGCUCUUACUCUGCCACUAGCGAAGAAGUUCCCACUUUUGGAGAACGCCAGCUAGAUGACUCCCAGUGGAAAAUAAUCACCCCGGAAAGCGGCUCCCCACCGAGCUCGAAUACGAAGACCACCGCUUUCAUGGUCAGCGAGAACUCAUCGGAAUCACCCGUCCCCCUUAACUCCCGAUCGAGGAACUCCUCUUCUACCGGCCAGCGACGAUCGACGGCUCUUGCUAUGCAAUCUGUAGCGACUGUUAGGAAGCGCAAAAAUCGAAGCGCUCAAGGUUCCGUAGACCUGGGCCAGGCAAAGCCGCUGCAGAUUGUCCAGGAAGACGGACAAGGCGGAUCGAUUGCAUCGGCAGAUUUCGUUUCUCCUCCUCGGGGUGCCCGUCGCAAGGGUCCACUGAGUAUGGUUGGGCGAGCCAAUGCUGGUAUGCGCCGCAAGAACAAAGAUACCUGUGUUCAAUGUCGGUUGAACAAGCGCAAGUGUGAUGGCAGCUCUCCUUGCGACGCCUGUCGACCAACUCUCCACGAGCAGCCAUGUGCUCGUGCUUGCUUCUCCAGCAUCGUUGAGUUUGGAACUUGUAACUACAUUUCACAACGAGCUAUCAACCAUCCCACAGUCGACGGUUCUGGCAGAGUGCGAAUAGAAAUUCCCUCUGAAUUUGACCUCGGCCAGCUUUUGACAUUCCUUGGCGAGCGCCAGGGGCUUUUCAACAUCCGCGCUAGUCAAGCUUGGGGUUCUCUCUACGUUCUCGACCUUAGCGAGACGUACAAAUUCUUGAAGAAUCUCAGCGACUAUAAUGGAAAUUCUAGAUCAACAUUCAUAGAGUUUAUAGAUCGCCGGAUUGUCGAAUCCAAGGACAAGUCGAAGAACUGGUUGACCUGUGUGAAGGAAUGUGAUCCAAUGACCCAAGCAUAUACUUUGCUUUCGCAAUGGAACAACAUGCCCAGUCGAGCCAAGUACACCAUCGUCCCCCUUGAUGGCAACGGCCAAGAACGAACUCUUGAUUGCAACAACCCGGAAGACCGCCGAGACGUUCUGCUCGCGGCACAGCUAUCUCGUAUUAUCUGUCGCAUGCUCGAGGUUGAGGGUUUCCGCAAACUAGAGCGUGACUUCUACAACAUAAAAUGGAAGCAGAUCUCCCACGAGACGCACCUUCGCUUCCUGAGUGAACUUGGUCAUAUCCUCCUCACUCUGCGAUGGCGUGUUUCGUGGUGGAAGCGACUGGGCGAUGGGGGCAAAAAACCCGAUCCCAGUCAACAGCACUAUGUUGACAGAGUAGAGCUUCUUUGCCGUAUCUUAUACGUCUACUAUACCUGCGUUUUGGCGAAGCUGCCCUCGUGGUCGACCUCCGAGGUCCCUAAGGGCACUUGGUCCUCAUACGCAGACUCGGAUAGUCCGGUGUGGGAUGACUUCCCCUCGGACCCGUCAGAUGCGGGCUUCAACGCCUGGAUGGACCGUGGCCAAGAACUCAUCGAGCAAGCUGGUGUCCUCAGCCGCCUGUCCAAGUCUCACUAA